GGUCAAGUGGUGCAGAAGGGGAUACACCGAGUUUCUGAAAUCUGGCGUAGAUUUUGGUUCCCUUUUAAAAAAGGAGAAUGAGGAGGCGGAACAUUCCUCAGUGUCAGGAACUCCAACACUCAGGAAACGAACCUUCUCCGAGUCCUCAAUUUGGUCCCAACAGUCGUCCAGGCCCUCUUUGAAAGAUGGGGCUCCAGAGGGCCAAGACACAGAAAAUGCACAGGCCGUGCAACCAGAGGAGAGCCGUUCAGAAGGGAAGGUGGGCUUCAAGGCCUACAAGAAUUACUUCACUGCUGGUGCAUCUUGGUUUUUCAUCAUUUUCCUUAUUCUGCUCAACAUGGCAGCUCAGGUUUUCUAUGUUCUUCAGGACUGGUGGCUUUCCUACUGGGCGAACAAGCAAGGUGCUCUGAACAACACCAAAAAUGAGAAUGGAAAUGUCACUGAGACCCUAGAUCUUAACUGGUACUUAGGAAUUUAUGCAGGUUUCACUGCCAUCACAGUCCUUUUUGGCAUAGCAAGAUCCCUGUUGGUAUUCUAUGUUCUUGUCAACGCUUCCCAAACUUUGCACAACAGGAUGUUUGAAUCAAUCCUGAAAGCUCCAGUAUUGUUCUUCGAUAGAAAUCCAAUCG